UUAUGCUUUGAGGGAUUGAUUACACAUCAUAUGAAAAAGACAUUACUUUGUUUAUAGGAGGACCGGAGUGAUUGCUGUCGAAAUACAGAACUGUGGUAAUAAUAAUUUCCAAAGGAGCCUAAAGGUGCAGAUCAAGGGCAAUAUGGCAGAAAAUGAUGAUUUAAUUACGGAAAUGAAUCAAUUAUGUCACUGUCUUGAACAAGCUAUCGAAGAAGCUAACGAAAAUGCCUUGACUUUGAAAACGGAAGACGGAAUCAAAAUCCUCCAAUGUAUCAAGAAAUCAAUAGAGAAACUCGAUCAGGGCCAACCAAGCGAAACAAAUAACAAAUCAAGAGAGAAACUCGAUCAGGGACAACCAAGCGAAAAAAAUAACAAAUCAAGAGAGAAACUCGAUCAGGGACAACCAAGCGAAACAAAUAACAAAUCAAGAGAGAAACCCGAUCAGGGACAACCAAGCGAAACAAAGAAAAGUAAGCUACAUGAACCGCGCGGGAAGACGAAAGAUAUUUAUGUCUUUAUAUCUCGUACUCAAGGCAAAUUUGUCCAAGAAAUUGCAAAAGAAUUCUCCAAUCUGUUGUUGAAAAUGUCCAUACACAGUACAUCUUUUACCGGGAAAAAGCAGCUUAAAGACGAUUCCAAACUCAUUGCUCUUUGUCCUAUUGUCUCUAGACUAGAGUCGGACAUUGAACAUGUGCUUAAAGAAUUACCAAAAUUUUCAUUAUCUGGUAGAUUUGCACUGGUAGUUGUCAAUAUGAAAAGUGAAGAUAAUCUGCCUCGAUUGCCAACUGAAACCAAUCUUGAUACAGAUAAAGCAGUCUAUAAGAACAUAGAAUUUAUUGAUAUGGCUUUUACGCCAGAAAAUCAAAUGUAUGAUUGCAACAUGAACCGGAAAGCAACAGAGCGUAUCCAAUCUUUCGUAAACAAUACAAGUCAAAAAUGACACAUUCAAGCGGCAUUACAUGUCUAAUUUAUUGACGUUAUCAAUUAUUAGACUGAAUUAUUAGACUGUCAUCUAUUAAUGAAGUACACAAUAAGAACUUGCCUAAAAAACUACCAAAAACAAGACACUGUUAAUAACACUGAUUUAAUAUCAAAAUCAAUUUUUACCAUGAUAUCAUCUUUCUCGAAAUAAACAUUUAUGUAAUUUAUCAUUACUUCUAUUAUAUGAAUUAUUUGUCGUUUGAAUUUAGAUACCCAAUUAGCGUUGCGCUGAAUAAAUCUUUCAGAAAAGACCUCUCUGUAAUAAUAUAGAAAUAUUGCUUUUGUUAAUGUUAUGAUCUCGCUGAAGUUCGAUUAGUGCUUGUACUUUUAUAGUCCAUGAAUAGGAUAAAUAAAAUCGAAAGUUAUAUUGUCAAUUUUGCUGUUUUACUGAUCAGGUAUAGUAACAUAUGAGAAAACGGUAUAAACAUAUUAAUGCACGUUAUUGAUGUGUAAGCUAUGUUAAUACCCCAUCACCUAAACCAAUAGAAGAAUUGUACUUGUGGUAAUAGUGCAAGUGCCUUAGCAAAGGGAUUUUGGAUGCAAGCCCUAUUUCGGUAACACCGUUCUUUUUUCAUACAUCACCGGCUACUGAUAAAUCCUCGAUGUUGAUACGAAUUAAUGCAUCUCAGUUCCAAAUGGUGAGCACAAAGAUCAAGAAGAACAAAGAUUACGAUCACAAUCAUCAACGCAAUCCACAUUGUUUAAAGAUACAAUUAGAAAAGAAAAUCCUAUUCCAAAAUAGCAUGCCCGGCUUUACAAUUAUGAUGAAUAUGUGUAAGAAAAAACUUCACAGUUAGAAGUAUAUGAGAAGACGCGCUUAAGAUGUGAGAGAACUUUUAAUCGUAUAAAAAGGAUGUUAUGUCUGUCGGGUUACUAAUAACUAUAUCAUGGAACAAAAAGAGGAAAAAGGACUUCGGUGUACAUGUAUAUAUAUUAGCUCCUUAAAAAGGCUGAUAUUGUGUUGUUGAAAGGAAGAGAUUAAAAAACUAAUAACUAUCACACCUAUCUUAACAGAUCAAUCAUUGCCAGAGAAUAUUUAUGCAUAAAUCCCUACAAGGCACUUACCUUUAAAAGAAUUUCAAUUUGAAUUAUCAGAUAAUUGGAUUGAAGUGAGAAUUUCACCACAGAAUAUUCGUAAUAAUAGAGUUCGUGUGAAUCUAGUUAUUCAAUAGAAAAGAAGGGAUCUAUCAAUUUGGUACAUCAAUUCUUCCUAUAUAAAUGUUUCAUUGUAUACACUUCGUUAUCGGUAUGCAACACAAUUAUUCUGUAAUGUUAAUUCCUUGUGUUUAAUGUUAUCUCUCGGUUUUGUGUGAGGAAUAUGUAAUAAAUUUGCUAGAGACAAUUUGAAAAUAAUUAAACAGAUGGAUUGUUUUAUUGAUUUUUUGAAAUAUAAUGUCAAA